ACGGACAAGUAGGUUUACUGUCAAGAGUUUCGAGAGGAUUCCUUGAUAAGACAAACGUGGCCGAAUUAUAAGCUACUUGAUUUCGAGUUCAUGAAUUAAAAGUUGACACGUGAACAUACACUAAAUCUUUCAGAAUAUUUGUAAGGUAGCAAUUUCCGAAAAUAUCUUGCUUAAUAAUACAGUCUCGGAACUGCUGCAUAGCUAACGGUACGUACAGUACAUGACAUGCCGCAUCGUUUUGUCAACAAAAACGCUGAAGCAAGCAGGCUUUCAGUCCAUAAUUGGUCACUCAUUGUGGUCAUCCACAGAGGAAAUCUAAGCCAUUAGUGAGGUGCAUGUAACCGCACAGGAUGAAAACCAACCUAUGAUUACUUGGGAUUUCUAGAGAAGUGCAGAGGCAGAUUUGACACUCUCUAGGCCUCUGUGUGGACAGCCAUACUCAGUCAUAUUUAAGCUCAUCAUCAGGUUAUUGGGGCAUAUCCAAGCACACAUAAGCUCAUACCAUGCUCAUCUGCAUUCUAAUAAAGCAGUGAGAUGCAAUAACAUUAACGUUAACAUGUUCUUUUUUUAUAUUCCCAGAAAGACAGGUUAAGCACACUCAGACAAAUUUAUUUGUUAAUAGUUCUUAAAUUGUGGACUAUGUUAAACCGUUACACAUUAAUCAGAGGGGAAAUUGGUGCAGACGUCUUGAAAUUCAUCUCGCAAGUGCCAAUAAAACAAGUCCAACUCAAUGGGGAGGUUCAGAUGUCAGUCUAGUUCAGGAUUCAUUGGCCAAGCUUUGGUUAGCCUACCUAGCUGAGCCUAGCGCAGGUUCGCUUAGCAUUGGUUAGCUAGUGUAGUUAGUGACCCCUUACCUCUUACCCGCUCCUUUAAGACCCCGAAGAUGGCGUCGGUACGGUUCACGGUGACGCCCACCAAGGCAGAGGACCUCCCUGGCCUGUCGGAUACCUCACCUGACAUCAGCUCCCGGUCCAGUGGGCACGGCCAUGUACACUUUGGCUCGCGAGAGAGCGUCAACCGCAGCGACCCAAUGAGCGAGGGUUCGGGAGGGCUCAGCACCACCGCACCUGGCAACGAGACACCUGACCGCACCUACACAGAGCAAGCAGGAGAUGGUAAUGCCAAAAUGUCCAGCGUCUACAUCAACAACACUCAUGGGAUGGACGACGAUGACUUUUAUGACAAAAACCUGGCUCUGUUUGAGGAGGAGAUGGACACGAGACCCAAGGUGUCUUCCCUCCUCAACCGCCUGGCCAACUACACCAACCUGACCCAGGGGGCAAGGGAGCAUGAGGAGGCCGAGAGCAUAGGGGAGAAAAGAAAGGCCUACAAGUCUCCUCAGAUGGGCACGUUCAUGGGGGUGUACCUGCCGUGCCUGCAGAACAUAUUUGGGGUGAUACUGUUCCUCCGGCUCACCUGGGUGGUGGGAACAGCCGGGGUGCUGCAGGCCCUCUGCAUCGUCUUCAUCUGCUGCUGCUGUACUUUACUGACUGCCAUCUCAAUGAGCGCCAUCGCCACCAAUGGAGUUGUACCAGCGGGCGGUUCCUACUUCAUGAUCAGUCGCUCUCUGGGGCCGGAGUUUGGGGGGGCGGUGGGACUGUGCUUCUACCUCGGCACCACCUUCGCCGGGGCCAUGUACAUCCUGGGGGCCAUCGAGAUCCUGCUGAUGUACAUAGCCCCAAAGGCGGCCAUCUUUGUUUCCAUCGGCCCGGACGGCGAGGGAGCGGCCAUGUUGAACAACAUGAGGGUCUACGGUUCAAUCUUCCUCCUGCUGAUGGCGCUGCUGGUCUUCGUUGGGGUGAAAUACGUGAACAAGCUGGCGUCCGUCUUCCUGGCCUGCGUCAUCAUCUCUAUCUUGUCCAUCUACACCGGAGCGCUGGUCUCCGCCUUCAGCCCGCCUGUGUUCCCGGUGUGCAUGCUGGGUAACCGUACCCUGUCCGGUCACAUCCUGCGCGACAGUCCCUGUGCUAAGACCGUCCUGCUCAAAGAACCACCCGGACCUGUGGACACCAACCUCACACUCAUAGGAAACAGCACGGUGCCCCCGACCUUUGACCUCUCUCUGCCCUCCAUUGAGGCUACCACCUUGUGGCUGCAGUUCUGUGAGGGUCGUGACCUCAAUGCUUCCUGUGACGACUACUUCUUCCACAGCAAUGUCUCUGAGAUCCAUGGCAUACCUGGCCUGGCCAGUGGAGUGAUUACAGAGAACAUAUGGAGUGCUUACCUCAGUAAAGGGGACGUCCUGGAAAAAGGGGGUCUCCCUGCUCCCAGCCACGCCCACCCACCCACUAAUCGGCAGCCCUAUGUCUUCGCUGACAUCACCACCUCCUUCACGCUGUUGGUGGGAAUCUUCUUCCCCUCAGUCACAGGUAUCAUGGCCGGUUCCAACCGGUCUGGGGACCUGAGAGACGCCCAGCGCUCCAUCCCCAUAGGAACCAUCCUGGCCAUCCUCACCACCUCCCUCGUCUACCUGAGCUGUGUGGUUCUGUUUGGAGCUUGUGUUGAAGGAGUGGUGCUCAGAGACAAGUUUGGGGACUCCGUGCAAGGCAACCUAGUGGUGGGCACCUUGGCAUGGCCCUCCCCCUGGGUCAUUGUGAUUGGCUCCUUCUUCUCGACGUGUGGUGCAGGCCUCCAGUCACUGACAGGCGCUCCCCGCCUCCUCCAGGCCAUCGCCAAGGACAACAUCAUCCCUUUCCUCAGGGUGUUUGGUCAUGGAAAGGCUAAUGGAGAACCCACCUGGGCUCUGCUGCUGACUGCUGUGAUAGCUGAGCUGGGGAUCCUCAUUGCCUCUCUCGACCUGGUUGCUCCUAUCCUCUCCAUGUUCUUUCUGAUGUGUUAUCUGUUUGUCAACCUGGCCUGUGCACUGCAGACACUGCUGAGAACUCCCAACUGGAGACCACGGUUCUCCUACUACCACUGGGCCUUGUCAUUUUUGGGUAUGAUAAUCUGCUUGGCACUGAUGUUCAUAUCGUCAUGGUACUAUGCUAUUGUUGCUAUAGUGAUUGCUGGCAUGAUCUACAAGUACAUCGAAUACCACGGGGCAGAGAAGGAGUGGGGCGACGGUAUCCGCGGUCUGUCCCUCAGCGCUGCUCGCUACGCCCUCUUGAGGUUGGAGGAGGGACCACCACACACCAAAAACUGGAGACCUCAGCUGUUGGUCCUGUUGAAGUUAGAUGAAGACGCCCACAUCAAGUCUCCCCGCCUGUUGACCUUCGCGUCGCAGCUGAAGGCAGGCAAGGGCCUGACCAUCGUGGGCACCGUCAUCACCGGAAACUUCCUCAGCAGCUACGGAGAGGCCCUGGCCGCAGAACAGACUCUUAAGCACCAGAUGGACAAGGAGAAGGUGAAGGGCUUCUGCCAGUGUAUCGUGGCCAACAAGACCAGGGAGGGCAUCAGCCACAUGAUUCAGUCCAGUGGCUUAGGAGGCAUGAGACACAACACAGUAGUUAUGGGCUGGCCCCUGGCUUGGAGACAGAGUGAGGACCCACAGUCCUGGAAGACCUUUAUCAACACGGUGCGCGUUACCACGGCGGCCCACCUGGCCCUGCUCGUCCCCAAGAACAUUUCCCUGUUCCCCAGCAACAGCGAGCCGUGCACGGACGGAUACAUCGACGUGUGGUGGAUCGUCCACGAUGGAGGAAUGCUGAUGCUGCUGCCCUUCCUCCUGAGGCAACACAAGGUGUGGCGCAAGUGCGCGAUGCGGAUCUUCACGGUGGCUCAGCUGGAGGACAACUCCAUUCAGAUGAAGAAGGACCUGGCCACGUUCCUGUACCACCUCCGCAUCGAGGCUGAUGUCGAAGUGGUGGAGAUGCACAACAGUGACAUCUCGGCCUACACCUACGAGAGGACCCUAAUGAUGGAGCAGAGGUCUCAGAUGCUCAGGCAGAUGAGACUGUCCAAGUCCGACCGUGAGAAAGAGGCCCAGCUAGUGAAGGAUCGUAACUCCAUGCUCCGGCUCACCAGCAUCGGGUCAGAUGAUGACGAGGACACGGACGGAGGAGGAGCCAUGGGGGAGAAGGGUGGAGGGGGAGGAGGGAGGGAUGGAGGGAUGUCCGCUUCGGAGCACAGGCGGGUCCACAUGACCUGGACUAAGGAGAGGACCAUGCAGUACCGAGCGACGCACUCCGGUUGCAGCACGCCUGAGGGCUUCCGAGACAUGCUCAGCAUCAGACCGGACCACUCGAACGUCAGGCGGAUGCACACGGCCGUCAAGCUCAACGAGGUCAUCGUCAAUAAAUCCCAUGAUGCUCGGCUGGUCCUGCUCAACAUGCCUGGGCCACCGCGGAAUCAAGCCGGUGACGAGAACUAUAUGGAAUUUUUGGAAGUUCUAACCGAAGGAUUGGAACGUGUCCUAUUGGUCAGGGGAGGAGGAAGUGAAGUCAUCACCAUCUACUCGUGAUUGAAUCACACUAACUAGCUGCGUCAGAGAAGCAUCAAGUGGAAGGGAAUACAAGGGGUGGGGCACAUUAGCCUUGGGGGUGUGGCCCCUCCUUCAGACAGCCUUAACACUGUCUGAGAUUAGCUGCAAUUUAGCUAGACCCCUCCCACACCCCCCCAUUGUCACUCAUUUAUUCUUACGAUACCCCUUUCCACUAAAGACACGCUAUGAAAACCACCACGAUUCCUCAAGUGGAGAGUGUGUGAGAACGCCCAUAACGUGUGUGUGUUUCCAUGUGCUUGUGUCUAUGUCCAUGUUGGCGUGUGUGUGUGUGUCUGUCUCCUGUGUGUACUAGAGAUAUUAAUCUCAAUGAAACAAAAUUAUACUCUGCAUCCUGAAAAUGAUAGCCAAUAACAAGGGCCAAUAAGUAAUGUAAACCUCACACAAUAAUAUACAGAAAUUGGAUCAGGUUCCUGUGUUUAUGUCCUAAGAGGCCUCUUUUUUCCCAAUAUUGCACAACUUUAGCGUGAAAUAAGGGAAUGAGGCACCAUUUAGGACAAAGUAUAGUAUGAGCGUGUGUGGUACAGUGGACCAAUGGAUUAACUUAAACCUGUAUGGACUGCCUACAAGGUUAAAGAAAAUCUCUGUAAAAUCCAAACAUUCUAAAAUGUCUGCUUAGAAAAUUCUAGAACACCCCACAAUAGCAUGAGUGUUCUUACUAAGUUACUCAGGUUUUAGUUAUAUUAGAUGUCGAUGGACUCUAUUCCAGAAUACACAUUUGUCUAGUAUGCUCCUUGGAGUGAACCUGUGCAUACUACAUGGUAUGCUACUUUGGAUUGUUGGAAAGUGGACCAGGGGUUUAGGUUUUCAGAAGUUACCUAUCAUGAUUUAGCGUAUCAGGUAGGAAUAUAUGCAUAGAAACAGACUGAAUAGUACACGAGUGCCCAUUCUAGUCAAUGAAUAUCCGUUCUUUUCAUUUGAUUCUUAUGCAUAUAACCCUGUUCAAUGGUUGGAAUCAAGAUAGGUGAUAAACCACCCCCCUGAUGUUAAGUGGUUUAUGGGGUACGACUGUUAUAAGUGUACCUCAUGAGUUUGUCAGCUAGAGGUAGACUGAGAAUGGACCUAUUGGUUGGUGCGUGGGUAGUGAUCAGAUCUAAUUUUAAGUACCGUUUAUUUCAAAUACUGGAGCUGUUCUUGAUUGAGCUUACCUGAAAAUAGACUUGUGCCAAAAUGUGCAUAACUCAUCAAUGUGGCAGUCUUUGGGGCAGUCCGGGAAGACUGAAGCAAAAGCUUUCCUAAUUAAAUGUAAAAAGUACACAUGAAGAUGUCCUCUCCUAGUUUGCAUCUGACUGCAUGAUGGUCGGGGUGUCUGUAGAAGAUACUGUACUAGCUUGUGAUUGGAUAAAGAUGUUCAGGUGUUUUGUUUUUCACCAGCAUUCAGCACAUCGAGUCUCCCUAAUAAACAUCAAGGUUCCUAGUCUAUAUAUAAUAGUCAAUCAAAACCUGUUGCAGAAAUCAGUUGGACCGCCAAAUCGAUAUAACGCUUUGGGAAACAUUUAAGAACGGUUAACAAAGGUUAUGAGUAACGGAUUAAAGUAACAGUAAUAAACGAGUAACAGUGUCGUAGGUAGCAGUAUUAGAGAGGGAGGUUGCUACUGUUGGACCGCCAUUGUAUUGACACCGAGGUGUCGCUCCUUCAGUGUAACGGAGGGAUUGGGAGGUUAGUGUGUGAGAUUGAAUGAUUCUGUAUGUAUGAUAGAAACUAUAGGGGUGCGCCGUAGGCUUUAUACCCAAUAAGUAAACAGUGAUUUUUAUUUUAUUUGAUGAGUUAUCCUCCCUCGGGUAUCUAGCUAAGCAUUCAACCGCUAUUCUGUGAUUUGUGUGUGUGUUUGUGUCCCUCUGUGUGUGCGUCACCGCAACAUUUGGGGUGAGUCUGGCCUGAGUCCCAUCUGGCACCCUGUACCCUUAUAGUGCACUAGUUAAGGGAAUACAGGGGCAUUUUGGACCAAGUCCUGGAGGUAUUUUAUUCUGCAAAACGCUUGUCUUCGAUCUUCUCAAUGUAUUGACUUCAUUGUGCAAGGAUGGAUUCUGUUUUACUGUUUUUCCUUCCACCAAUUUUUUGCUUGUACAUAAAAACAAAGAGAAAUCCCAAGUUCUAUCUUUUUUUAAAUAGAUUAAUAUAAAAUUAAGAAAAAAAUCUUUGCCUGAGAUAAUGGGAAUAAAACCAAUUUUGAAAGAAAUUA